CCGGCGGCCGCGUCCUCGACCGUGACCAAUUGCCGAGACAACAAUGGCGCGCCUGUUCCUGCCUCCCAUCUUCUUCUUGCUGGCUGGCUUGUUGGCCAUCGUCUCCAACGCUGGCGUCGCGGAGGCGUGGUGGUGGUCGGGGUGGAGGUGGGACUGCCUGUUCCCCAGCACCGACCGCGGCUACGGCCACGGCCACGGCCAGAGCCGCAGCCAUGUGGCGUCGAUCGUGACGGAGGACGUGUACCGCUCCUUCUUCCUGCACAAGGACGACGCCGCCUGCCCUGCGCACGGCUUCUACAACUACACCUCCUUCCUCCGCGCCGCGGAGGCGUUCCCCGGGUUUGGCGGCGACGGCGACGCCGCCACCCGGAAGCGCGAGGUGGCGGCGUUCCUGGCGCAGAUCUCCCACGAGACGACGGGCGGGUGGGCGACGGCGCCCGACGGCCCCUUCGCGUGGGGCCUGUGCUUCAAGGAGGAGAUCAGGCCGCCGAGCAACUACUGCGACGCCAGCAACACGGAGUGGCCGUGCUUCCCCGGCAAGUCCUACCACGGCCGCGGGCCCAUCCAGCUCUCCUGGAACUUCAACUACGGGCCGGCGGGCAAGGCGCUGGGCUUCGACGGGCUGCGCGACCCGGAGGUGGUGGCCGUCGACCCGGACGUGGCGUUCAAGACGGCGCUGUGGUUCUGGAUGACGCCGCGGGCGCCCAAGCCGUCGUGCCACGACGUGAUGGUGGGGCGCUACCGGCCCAGCCCCGGCGACCUGGCGGCGAACCGGACGGCGGGGUUUGGGCUGACGACCAACAUCAUCAACGGCGGGAUCGAGUGCGGGCCCCGUGGCAACGCCGCCCCGGUGGGCGACCGGAUCGGGUUCUUCCGGCGGUACUGCGGCGUGCUCGGCGUCGACGUCGGGCCCAACCUGGACUGCGCUCGCCAGGAGCCCUAUUCCUCCUAGUCGCCCGCCAUUUGCGCUGCCUCUUUUCUGUUGUACUCGCUGAGUUUCUCUUGCCGGUUGCUUGUAAGCGUGUGUUCGUUCCGUAUUUACGCCCGUCACGUCAAAGAGAAUCUUAUCAUUUAGAAGUAUUAAAUAAAAUCUAAUUAUAAAACUAAUUGCAGAACCCAGAGUUAAUUCGCGAGACGAAUCUAAUGAGGUAUAUUAGACCAUGAUUAGCUGAUGAUUAUUGUAGCAUUACUGUGGCAAAUUAUGGAUUAAUUAGGCUCAUUAAAUUUGUCUCGCGAAUUAGCACUCAUCUGUGCAAAAAGUUUUGUAAUUAAACUUUAUUUAA